AUGACACCCGACCUCAUGAAUGCGGGAAAUCGGAAGGAGAAUAGAAAACAGGAUGGUACACCCGACCGGAACGAGACUGUCCCGAAUACAUUCCGUUAGUUGAAAGAAACUUAGAAAGCCGAACUCAGGGGACCAUUUUCUAGACUCUGUGAACAGUGCAUUUACUCCUGUGCGUAGCUCCAGGCAGAGUUGGCUCCAGAUCGGAGCUCGAAUGGAAACGCCACAAAUGCAGACACAACCGUUCGGAAUGGGAAAUCCUCUGAAAAGACAGUCAACGGACAAUCUUGAUAAUUACUUGGAGGUCGUGCAAAAGUUAAUGAAACAGUCGCCCAUCAAUCAAGGUAAAAAUUGACACCCACACUUCUCACUGUUUCCCAUUUUCACAGAAGGCUUCUCAUCACCUUCUUCUUUUUCUUGUUGUUCUUCGUCAGCUGCGUAUCCGAUUUAUCCUUCGCUUUGUAUGAUGCAAACUGAAAAAGUUGAGCAACCUGCUGGAAGUAAGCAUUCGAUCACGGAACACACAGAUUCUAAAUAAAUUUCGUUCAGAUAACCCGAAGGAGCAACUUCAUAAUACGACAGGAGAACUCGGAAAAGGAACAGUUUCCGACGAGAAGAAGAAUCCGCCGGCAGCGGAGUUUCAUUCGGCUAUUGGUAAGAGCCUCAAAAGAAGUUGGAUUCGCAUUUCCCAGCUGCUCUGCGUUGGCAAACCGAAUGCCGAACAACAGGCGAUCAUAAACGGAGCCCGAAUUCUGCCGUUCCAGAGUCUCCCGCUGCGACUUGUAAUGCGCUCGAACACUUUUUCUUCGCAAACCGUUGUCUUGUUCAGAUCUCGCCACGAAUCGCAAGAAGACGUGACAUAUUCAACGCUGUCUAUCAACUGUUGAGUCACGUCGUGCCCUACAACUCAGGACUACCGUUGAGAAAUGCGUUAGCAUUCUUGAGGACCAUCUUCUGGGAUGGCAAGGACUACCACUUUCACGGAGAAUUGUUCCGUCAUCUCACCGUACAACCGGAAUAUGAUGUUGUGGAGAAAUUUUACGGUAAGAUGUUUUUGAACGGAAUCUUUUCUGUCAUAGCCAAUAUUAGUUCUUGUCACAGAAAAUACAGACUCUUUUCAGACGACUAA